AUGUCACAUAUUCCUACAGGUAUAAUUAAAGUCCGUGAAUUUGAUCAACCUAUUGAUAUAUCAAAGGGUCCAUUACCACCUUUGUUUCCAUUAGUAACAGAAUAUGUACCAAUUGAGGCUGGGUUUGGUAGAGGUUCUAUCGAAUUAGGUAUUCCUACUGCAAAUGUUCCAAUUGAUAAAUUGCCGAGCAUAGUUAAUACCGAUAAGUUUAAACCAGGUGUUUACUUUGGUUAUUGUAAAUUAUCACCAUUAUCAAACAAUUCAACAGAGUAUAUAAAGAGAAAGAAUCAUGGUUCUGACACUGAUAGUAGUCAUGACCAUAUGGUUCAAUUUAAUUAUGGUAAUGAAUUAACUUUUCCUGAAAUUCAUGAAAUUUAUCCGGUAGUAUUGAGCAUAGGUUAUAAUGUAUUUUAUGGAGAUCUUAAAAAGAAAACUGUUGAAUUGCAUCUGUUGCAUAAAUUUACCAAAAACUUUUAUGGCUGUCUAAUUAAAUUUAAUAUACUGGGGUAUAUUAGACCAGAAUUGAAUUAUACUACAAAGGAAAAUUUGAUUAAGGACAUCAAUAUCGAUAUCGAUAUUGCUCAGAAAGUAUUAAGUACCGAUUAUUUUGCCAAAUAUAAAACAAUGGUACAAUAG